AGGAGGAGGAGGAGGGGGAGUGGAGUUUGGAUGCUUCGGUGGAGCAGAGCGGGGCUGACCGUCUACAGUCGGUAUCGGUUACAACUUCUUUCACCAAGUUUCUCCGGCGAACUGUUGGGAUAUCUAACAAGGAAAAAAAGAUGGAGUCCUCCAAAUCCUGGCUUGGUUUUCUGCUGCUGAGCUUCUUUCCAGCCUUGGUCUCAGGGCUACAGAUCUCCGAUCCUCAGCCCACCACCCUGGAGAAGGCCAGCGGUCAGAGUGUGAAGCUGGACUGCCAGUUCCAGCUGGGCCCAGGAGACACUGGACCCUUGGAUAUCGAGUGGAGUUUGCUGGCUGCUGACAACCAAAAUGAAGACAAAGUGGUGAUUCUGUACUCAGGUGACCGGGUCUAUGAAGACUAUUAUGAGCCCAUGAGGGGGCGGGUCCACUUCAACACAGCUGACCCAAAGAACGGCGACGCCUCCAUCAACCUGACGGGCCUGAAGUCAACAGAUUCAGGGACCUAUCAAUGUAAAGUAAAGAAGGCUCCUGGAAUCGGCAGCAAGAAAAUCAAACUUAUCGUCAUGGUCCGGCCGUCGAAGCCGAGGUGUUCAGUCACCGGUACCACAGAAGAAGGCAAGAACAUCGUGUUGAGAUGCACCGCCGCUGAGGGAACCAAGCCUAUGCAAUACAAAUGGGAGAAAACCACUGACAACAAGCUGCUGCCUGCCUCUGCUGUGUUGGACACUGUGGAAGGUACCAUAAACGUGAGGAAUGUGUCUGCCAGUGCAUCUGGUUCUUAUCGCUGCGUUGCCAGCAACGCCGUUGGCUCAGAGGAGUGCAUCCUGCAUCUCAGCGUGACUCCACCGCGCAACACUGCAGGCAUCAUCGCAGGAUCCAUUAUAGCUGUCCUGUUGAUCCUGAUCCUCCUCGCCAUCAUCCUCUUCUGCUUCUGCCGUGCUCGGAACCGCAAGAAGUACGAGAAGGAAAUCUGCAACGAGAUAAGAGAGGAUGUGCCGCCUCCAAAGAGCCGUGUCUCGAGCGCACGCAGCUUCACCAUAGGCAGUCAACGCUCCUCACUGGGAUCAAUGUCGCCUUCCAACCUGCAGUACAUGGGAACCAAUACCCAGUAUGACAAGAUCCCGUCCGCUGAAGAGUAUGACCGUCCUCCAAGCCAGGCCCCUCUGCCUCCUCCUUCCCACGCCAGAAUGGCCGGCCCCAACCUCAGCCGCAUGGGGGCCAUCCCCGUCAUGACCCCGGCCCAGAACAGGGACGGCUCCAUCGUCUAACGCGUUUUCUGCUGAAGAAGGGACCUCGGACAAAAACGCUAGUAAAAUGAAGCAGUUGGUGGAUGCGCUCCACUAUCUGCUCUUUAUUAUUUACAAAUGCAAAGGUCCCCUUAUGAAGACAUGCCCCUCCCCCCCUGAAUUUUUAAUGUGCUGUACUGGAUAUAGAGCACAUUCACUUUUUACCAGAAACAAAACAAAAAAACACUUUUAUGUAUUUUAUGUCCUGGAUUUUCUUGCAGGAAAUGAAUUGGUGUGGAUGGAGAAAUGGUCAAUAUACAAAUUCUAUUGUACAUAACUGCAUGAUUUCUAACAAUGGAUUCUUUGGCUGUAGAUAUGCUGUAUGUUUAAAACAGACCCUUCACUGGCACAGUGCGCAGCUGUUUGCAUGUCUGUGUGUAGAAACCUGCAGCUGGAUGUCUCUGUAAAUAGUUUAGAUAUCUGAAUGAAGUUUUAGAAAGCUGUAGUUUCCUUUUCUUUAUGUUUUCCCCUAACUGUACCAUUACCUGUCCAGUUUUAACAGGUUCUGGCUUUUCUAUGAUUGGAUAUAAGUUAAUGUAGCAUGUUUUAUGCUGAUUGAAAACCCAUCAGUCCUCCCACAACAAAAUGUGACUUAAUUCCUAGAGAAAAGACCUGUUUGAUGCUCAGAUGUUGUGUUUGACAAACUGCCUACUUUGAGUUUAACGUUGGGGGGGCUGAAAAGGUUGUAAUUGGCUGAUGUGGGGGGGUAUGGGUCUAAAUGUUUGGUGAUUGGUUGGAUGUUUGUUUUUUGUUACCAAUCUUUCCAUUCCGCGUCCCCGCCCUCCCCCAGACAGCCUGCAUUGGGGGUACAGCAGGCAGCUGGUCAGCAAGGUUCACUGAGCAGUCAGCUUUGAUUGUGUUUGACUAUAUGAAGGCCCCCACCCUAAGUGCUAGCCCCCCCAUUUACAUCCAUACUGCCCAAUUACGAAGACUAAAGGAGAACGUCUUCAGUUAUCUCAGCAGCCUUUGUAAUCCUCCAUAUUUGUUGAUGCACUACAAGGGAGCAACACCCUGAUUAACCCUCUCUCCCCGCGGUCAGUAGGAAUCCAGCUUAUGUAGCGUUAAUUUGAACAUUUUAAUGAAGGAUGGUAACCGCAGGUAAAGGAAAAAAGAUUCCCACAGAGCAGAGGGCUACAAACUGUUUCACUCUCUGCAUUAAAGCGCUCUGGUUUGACCUUCAUUUCUGAUCUCAGGGCAGAAACUGUCAGUUUUUAACAGUUCCUGAGAAUUUGGCUUAUUUUAGCAGUCAUUCUCUGAAAGCCGAACAUCUCGUCUGGUUUCCUACCUUACAGGACGAACACGAUACAAACACAGGCUUCUUGUUAUUUUUGUCUCUGAUGCCUUACUUUCUCUUUCUUCUUUCCUUACACUCUUUCCUUUCCACUCUUCACCUUUUUGUUUUUUAUUCUGUCGUGCCUUGUUGCCUGAGCUAAACUGCUGUUCUGUGCAGAAGCAUCAUUUUUAAUGGCCGUGUGGGUUUUGAGAAAGCAAUCAUUACUCUGGGCUUGAGCUGGAACAAAUAGCAUUUUUUUACACCAAAAAUGAAAAAAACUAUCUUGAGGGCUUUGAUGUAAAUCUGGAAAACAGCAUUUCUUCCUACAUCUGCAAUCAUUGAUUUAGCUUGUUCACCGUGGCAUUUAUUUAUUUAUGAUUUUCAUUCAUAAAAUAAAGUAGGAUCAUCCAAAGCAUCCUAAAUGUAUAUCAGGUGGUUGACAUUAAGAACACUCGGUGGAUUGAAGGAUGUGGCUGCUUUAGUUUCUACAUCGGUGCUGAAUCUGAGGAGAAAUGCCACUUUUCUAACCUGCAGUAUGUUGGGGAUUAUAAAUCAUUAAUAAACAUUUAAAUAGUAUGAGAGAGAUGCCAUCCCCUUCAUGAACCCAACUAUUGUUUAAUAUUAGAAACCAGCCCAUGCCUACGCCCCCCCACGCCGAUUCUUUGUUGAUUUUAAAGUCGCAGACCUUCGCUGAAUCUGUUUUUGAUUCUUUGCUCGCUGCAGCGGCCCCUGGAUUUGGGAUUAACAUCACUUAUUCCUAAGCAGCAGGAAAAGGACUAACUUUGCUGAAUUUACAAUCAAACAUCUGUCAUUUGUGCUUUAAUCCCUUUCUUGUGUGCUUUUGUGCGAGCAGCUGUAUUUACCACUUGAUGCUAGCCAGGAUUCCCAUAAGGCGAUCUGCAGGUCUGCGGGUGAUGUGUACAGAUUUCCUGUUACUCUUCCAUGCUCAUAACUAAAAUAUAUUAACUACUAUUAACAAUAUUAGCUUGGAAAUCGGUGUACUAAUACUGUAUGAAGACUCCAUUGAGGUGCACACUCUGUUCAAAUCAUAUUUUCUUUCUGUGUAUUUUUGUGCUGUAUUUUUGAAUAAUAAAAGUCAAUGAAAUUAA